AUGGCCCCAAUUACAAACGGUCGACUCAUUUUCAAAGAAAUACCUUCCGGAUAUCCUGUCCCUGGAAAGACAACUGUGUAUGAUACAUCCAGUACCAUUGACUUGGAGAAUGAGUCACUGAAAGGAAGUAUCCUCGUGAAAACCCUUGUCCUGUCUGUCGAUCCUUACUUGCGAGGAAAGAUGAGAGCUCUAGAACGAGAAUCCUAUACUCCACCAUUUUUCAUCGAUGAACCGCUUUACAACUACGGAGUAGGAAAAGUUGUUCGAUCUGAAAACCCAGCUUUCAAGGCGGGCGAUCACGUCUAUGGAAUGCUGGAUUUUGCAGAGUAUUUCAUACCAAAAGAUAUCACCAAGUUGAAAGUCAUCGUCAGACCUGAACCAACCCUGCCCUACUCUGUCUAUGUGGGAGCCGCAGGUAUGCCGGGCCAGACGUCAUACUACGGCUGGAAAGAAUAUGCCAAACCCAAGGCAGGCGAAAUUAUCUUCGUUUCCACUGCAGCUGGACCUGUAGGAAGUCUGGUUGUUCAACUGGCCAAACAGGAUGGUCUGAAGGUCAUAGCAUCUGCCGGGUCGGACGAAAAGGUCAAAUUUUGCAAAGAGAUAGGCGCAGAUGUGGCUUUCAAUUAUAAAACAACGAAUACUGCAGACGUUCUAGCUAAGGAAGGCCCAAUCAACAUCUAUUGGGACAAUGUCGGUGGCCCUACUCUCGAAGCUGCGAUUGGAAACAGUGCACUUCAUGGCAGAAUUAUUAUCUGUGGCUUUAUCACGCAGUACAAUGACGAAGAACCCUAUGGAAUCAAGACCAUGCGAAACGUUCUAGCCAACCGACUCAGCAUCAAUGGUUUGCUUGUGUUCGAUCAUCAAGAACGCUAUUUGGACGAAUUCUACGAAGUCAUCCCAAAGAAACUCGCAAGUGGGGAGUUCAGGUAUACGGAAGAUAUAACUCGUGGUCUUGAAAAAGGCGGCGAGGCAAUCUUAGAGGUACAGAAAGGAGUGAACACCGCAAAGAAGAUUAUCGUUGUUGCAGAUGACUGA